GCAGAUCCGCACCGGGGGCGCCGUCCGCGCGCAUCCCUGCGGAACCACGCCUGUGCACCACGCACACGCGCUGCCCAGCCUGGGCCAACCGCAUUACGCCGUCGCGCGUCUGGCAUCCGGCCGCCCGCGUCCUACCGCGACCGCCAUCGCGCGAGCACGGCGCCCAGGCGCGCAUCGCCUCGGCAGCCCGCCGCGCGGACCGGCUCCAGCUCGUGCCGCCCCGCGCCUCUCCUUGUCGAGCAGCCCCGCGCAGCCCUGGACACGGGCGGUCACUAUAGCAGGCAGAUUUUGAGUCCGAGUCGGAUGAAAAUCAGAUUCAUGGUCCGAGUAGGUGUCUCCCCCGCCUCCGCUUACAAAAAGUAGCGCCCACCGCUUCAGACCUUCGUGUCAAGUUCGCCCCCGCAGACGCUAGAAGGAAAACAGAGCAAAUUCCCCGCAUCAACCUCUUGUCGAUCCAUGGAUAUCUCCACAGUUUCCAUCCGUCCCUCCACCAUAAUCGGCCCACGCGCCGCCGACUCCACCUCCCUGCGCCCCGGCUAUCCCGAUUGGGUCUUACUCAACAAGACGGCGCGCAUCUCCGACCAACGGAACGCGACCACUGCCUUGUGCCGCACGAGGGAGGGCCAAGCCGUCGCGGUGUCCUUCUGGCUCGUCGACCCGCCCGCCGUCUCCUACUUCUCCGUCCACUGCCCUGGUCUGGAAGACGACGAUUUCUCCGACACCCCGCCCUUCCUUCUUUGCGCCGAGGGAGCCUUCGUCGUCUUCUGCGUCACCCUCGAUGACUCCGUUCACCACUUCGUCUACUCCGCUCGAGGAAUCCCCAGAGGGAAGCCGUCGCUGCACCGUCUCCCGGACCCGAAACCCAGGGUCGAAGCCUUCAUGAGCCAGCAAUUUGGCCUCUUGCCUUGCGGUAACGAGCACUAUGCCGUGGCCUUCCUUCAUCACCAGUGGGAAUCUAGUGACCAGGCCUGGCAUUAUUAUGCCUACAUCUUCUCCUCCGAGACAAAGACAUGGAAGAGAAGUAAGGAGGCCUUGCUCUACUUAUCCAAGUCUGAUCAGUUAUUGUUUGAUAGACAUGCCAGCUCCAAGCAGAUCACUGUCGGGGAAAGCUCAUUGGGAUGGGUUGAUCUCUUGCGUGGUAUUCUUCUUCUUAGCAACCUGUUCGACGAUCGUCCUGUCAUCACAUACAUACCGUUACCUAAAGUAAAGGCUUGCAUCACCGAUAGGAAUGGUUAUCCUUCCUACGCGCCGGAAUUCUUCUGCGAUAUAACAUGCUGCGAUGAUCUGAUCAAGUUUGUCGAGAUAAAAUUCGAUGAACCGAAUUGCAGGGCCAAUGGUAAAGCAUGGAAGGCCACCACAUGGAACAGGAAGGUCUCUUGGGAUGAUUGGGGCAGGUGCUCCACAGCUGAUGUUGCUGAAAUCUCGGUUGACCCAAGUUAUUUGUCAUUGUUGCCCGAGCUUUUGAAUGAUGAGACCAAACAGCUGGAAAUUAAGAACCUGUAUUUCCUUAACUACCCCACCCUGAGUGUGGACGACGAUGAUCUCCUUUACAUGAUGGGCAAGGUGAACGAGGAAGACGACACAGCCUGGGUAGUCGUUGUUGACAUGAAACGUGCGGCUCUGGAGGCAUUGGUCCCGGUUUCUACCCAACCGUCAUACACUGUUACGAUGUACUGUCCGUGCACCUUCCCCAAGUACUACCUCAAUAUAACACCAGACAUUGGCAGUCCAGUUGAGAAGGAUAAAUCCGAUAAAUGGCCGCAAGCGAGACCCAGCCCCAAUAACUCUGGAGGGCGUGUGCAGAGGAAGAGGAGGAAGAAGAAGAAGCAGGCACAGGCUGCGGAUUGCUGGUUGGAACAGCCCUAUUUGCUGUAUUUUGUUGGCUGCGUAUUGAUUGCGAUCUUUGUAAAAGUGUUCUUUCAUCUGUCUGGAAUGUAAUAGUCAGUAUGUUACCCUCUUAUCUGCAAAAGUAGCGGCAAGCAAAAGCAUAUUCUAGCAGCUUCCCUGCAUGUAAAAUGUUCUGGAACGAGUGUUGGAUGAGGUUCAGUUUAAGCUGUGUUUAACCUGUUCUUGAACAGGGAACGGUGCUGCAGUUGAUAUGCUGCUUCUAGUUCUUAAGCAAGUUGGAAUAAAAUCAUUUGAGCUUCAUAAGUUUUCCCCAUCAGUAUGUUGCUUCAUAGUUGUUGCAGUCCAAUGAAACUCCUUUUAACUGCGACAGAUUGUCCAGCAAACGCACAGGCUUGUGCGUUCCUACGCCAACCCAGUUCGGACGUUGUAGCGAGUGC